GCUUCUGGAAGGCCCGGGAGGGUGUAGGUCUGGGCGCCCGGCCCCCGGCACAGAGCGGCCCCUUCCCCAGAACUCACCAGCAGCCCCGCGGCGCUUUUCCGACUGACAGCCUGGGAGGCAUCCCUGAACCGGUGGUGAGACCCAGGGGCCAACAGGACUCGGGCUGGGAUUGCUAGAGGCACGCUUCACUGCACCCCAGUACCUUUAUGGUGGUGCCCAGGGCCUGCACUCGUUUCUGCGCCCCCGGAAGGUGGCCUCUGGGGAGGGAGGCAGACUUGGGUCCCGACCUCACUGUCACUUAGCGGGUGUGGCCUUGGGCAGGUCACUCAACCUGUGAGCUGUCUUCAUAGUUCAUCCAACCCUUGGGACAACCUGAGGUCUCCCACGUGGUGCUGACCCAGCGGCUAUCUCACUGCCCUGGGGGUGGCCGGGACCCGGGACGCCAGCCAGAUUGCUGGCACCUUCUCCAAAGAGCCCCAGCUUGCAGGGCCAAUCCUUGUGUCCCGGUCCUGGAAGGACAGCUGCACCGGCCCCUCCACGGCCCCCCCCAGAGCUGGGAACCCAGGCAGGAGUAGCACAGGAGAAUCAGGCUCUGUAGUUGACGGCUGGGGUCAAACCCUGAACUGAGAGCAAACUCCGAAGCAUGUCAGCCUCAGGCGCCCCAUCUGUGAGAUGAGACAAUGAGCUUGCAGGUGACGGGCCUGGGCCUGAACAAGAUGAAGCUGGACAGUCCCCCGUCCUUCCUGGACCAGGAGGAGGCGAAGGAGGCUGACGAUCCACAGCUGCUGGAACCGGAGGCCUGGAGGACCUACAUGGAGCGCCGCACCGCCCUGCGCGGCUUCCUGACCUCCGACCUGAGCCCCCACCUGCUCCGGCGCCACCACGCCCGCACGGAGCUGCUCAAGAAAUGCUCCUACUACAUCGAGAUCCUCCCCAAGCACCUGGCCCUGGGCGACCAGAACCCGCUGGUGCUGCCCACCGCCAUGUUCCAGCUCAUCGACCCCUGGAAGUUUCAGCGCAUGAAGAAGGUGGGCGCGGCCCAGACCAAGAUCCAGCUCCUCCUGCUCACGGACCUGCUGGAGCAGCUGGACCGCGGCCGCGCCGAGCUGGGCGCUCUGCUGGGGUCACCCGACCCGCAGCCCUUCCUGGCGGGCUGGGGGCUGGUGGAGCGCAGGCUGGCGGACCUGGCGGCUGUCAUGGACAGCUUCCUGGCCAUGACGGUACCUGGGCGCCUGCACAUGAAGCACCGCCUGGUGUCCGACGUCGGUGCCACCAAGAUCCCGCACAUCCGGCUCAUGCUAAGCACCAAGAUGCCCGUCAUGUUCGACCGAAAGGAGUCGGUGGCCCACCAGGACUGGGUCAGCCUGCGGUGGUUUGCCACCAUCCAGCCGGUGGUGCCGGAGCAGUUUGAGCUCCGCUUCAAGCUGCUGGACCCGCGGACACAGCAGGAGUGCACGCAGUGUGGCAUCAUCCCCGUGGCCGCCUGCACCUUCGACAUCCACAACCUGAUGCCCAACCGCUCCUACAACUUCACCGUCAAGAGAGCUGACAGCUACACGCUGGUGUAUGAGCCCUGGCGGGACAGCCUCACGCUGCAGACCAGGCCGGGGCCCCCCAAAGGGCCCACCCCCAGUCGGCCGGGCAAGCCAGGCCCGCCCCUGACCACGCUUUCCGAAAGAUGAUUUUCUAAUAUUUAUCCACUAGUGAAGAGGAGUAUAAACACACACACACACACACACACACACACACACACAACAUUAAAGAAGCAAACCUGCUUACGUUUUAGAGGCA